AUGCGAGCUUUCUCAAUCUCCGCACUCGCAUGUUUCGUCUUAUGCACAGCUGCUCAAACAUUCCAGCGGCUGGGUGGUUGUCCUGAUUUGGGAUGCAUAUUUCCGCCUGAUCAAGUGGAUUUCCUAGCCGGUCAGUACUUCGAUAUCCGCCUCGAAGUGCACUCACCCGUCAAUGGUUCCGAGGCGCGCGUCGGAGAGCCGGACGAAAACUUCACAUUCACUAUCGCCAAGAAGGGCAAGAAGCCGGUUCCUGCCACAUUAUACUUCAACCUCGAUGAACCAAAGCUAGAAAGGUGGAACUUCACGUGGUACGAAGAUCUGUUCGCACAGGACGCAAGCAAACCAUCCCUCGUCAAUGUCACCUCCAAGAUCUAUAGACGAGUCGCCCUGUACGAACCUGGCGAAUACGAGGCAACUUUGAGUUACUAUGGAGAACAAAGGACAGUAGCCAACUGGCUUGUCCGCGAUCUUCCCCCAAAGCGGCGCGCGAAGAACGUGGUCAUGUUCAUCGGGGACGGAAUGACAACGAAUAUGAUCACUGCCGCGCGCCUCAUUGCCCACCGCAGCGUCAAUGGCAAAUAUAUGACGAAAAUGGCAUUGGAUAAGUUUCCCGUGCUGGGUCAUCAGAUGACGCACUCCAUGGACUCGUUCAUCACAGAUUCCGCCAACUCGGCGACAGCGCUUUACUCCGGCCACAAGACUACCGUCAAUGCUCUGAAUGUCUAUGUGGACUCUUCCAGUGAUCCCUUCGACGACCCGAGAUUCGAGACAAUCUCGGAAGUUUUCCGCCGUCGAUACCCGAACAGCGGUGUUGGUAUCGUGUCGACUGCCUUCCUCGCGGAUGCUACCCCUGCGGGACUGGCUGCACACACCAGCAACCGUGGCGAAUAUGAUCAUGUCAUCGGCGCCUAUUAUGAAGGUCUGAAAGACCACGAGUGGACAGACUGGGAUGGCCCCGAUGUGCUGCUUGGGGGUGGCGCAGAGGAUUUCCUUGAGAGCGAGAAAACACGCGAUUACUACAAGCUCUUCGCCGAAAAGGGCUAUAAUAUAGCCUGGAACAACACGGCGCUGGACAGUGCCCCAGACAAUGAGAAGCUGUUAGGUGUUUUCCAGAAAUCCAAUCUCGCAACUUGGCUCGAUCGCAACGUAUACCAAGCCAACCUGCUCAACCAGAGCAAUUAUCCCGACGGGUCCGGUCGCGACGCAGAGGAUCUCCCCGGACUCAGAGACAUGACCCUCAAGGCCAUCGAUGUCCUCGACAAGCGCCACAAAAAGGAUGGAUGGUUCCUCAUGUCCGAGGCCGCCAGCAUCGACAAGCAGAUGCACACACUGGACUAUGACCGGGCCCUCGGCGAGCUACUCGAACUUGAUGACACCAUCCGGGCAACAAUCGAGAAACUCGAGCGACUGGGACAGUUAGAAGAUACCCUCAUCGUCGUCACAGCCGACCACGGCCACGGCUUCGACGUCACGGGCUCGGUGGAUACAAAGUACAUGGACGCCCAGGACAACGAUCGCAGCAAGCGUAACGCAGUUGGAUACUACGGAAAGUCCGGUCUAUCGCAGUACACAGUCGCUGGUCCCAACUCCUUGCAGUACUCGGAGGGUGUCCACUUCCCAGCCCGCUGGGACCCGAGAUACACGCUGCACUCGGGUGUUACUGCGUUCCCUGAUCGAAGGGAAAAUUAUCAGGUCCACAGCGAGGGUCCCCGCACACCUGCUGAGGCGGCAGAUAACGAGAAGAACGGGUACUUCGCCAGCUACAAGGAUGCAGUUACUGGAUUUGUGGUCAAUGGAACAUUGCCUCUUGAUAAGGGGGAGGGGUCCACUCGUUGA